AUGGAUUCUCUGACACUAUGCGUGUCUGUGUUGUCGUUGCCGUUAGGACUGCUGGUCCUGCGCACUGUGUACCAUUUGUACUUCCACCCGUUGUCCAACUUCCCCGGUCCAAAACUCGCUGCUGCGACCUUUCUAUAUGAGUUCUAUUACGAUGUCGUCAAAAGCGGCAUGUACAUCUGGGAGAUUGAGCGCAUGCACGAGAAAUAUGGCCCAAUCGUGCGAAUCAACCCACGAGAAGUCCACAUCAAAGACCCAAGCUACUACGACGAAAUUCACGCCGGCGCCUCACACAAACGCUCCAAAGACUCCAAAUACGCCAUCGCCUUCGGCGCGCCAAACUCCCUCGUAGGAACAAUAACUCAAGACCAUCACCGCUUCCGUCGCGGCCUGUUGAGUAACUACUUCUCCAAGCGCUCGGUGGUGAACCUUGGUCCAUCCAUCCACGACAAAGUCGACAAGCUGAUCGCGCGCUUCGAGCAAGCCCACCAAACCAACGACGUGCUGCAACUGCAACUAGACUUCGCGGCGCUGACUGCAGAUGUCAUUACCGAUUACUGCUACGGCUGGAGCUAUGGCUAUCUGGACGGCGAGAAGGGGUCGCGGAGCAACGACCUUGUCGACGCGGUUAAUGGGCUGAUGGUUAUGUUCCACAUUAACCGGUUCUUCCCGUUCCUUAUUUCUGUUUUUAGGAAUGCGCCGCCUAACCUGUUGCGCUGGCUCCAGCCGCAGAUGGCUGAUUUGUUUGAUUUGAAGGCUAGACUUCGACAACAGGCGGAUGAUACUUUGCAGAAACAGGCUCUGCAGAAAAUUGAUUCUGAGGGGAGGUCGACUAUAUUUGAUGCGUUGACGAGUUUGGAGUUGCCUGAGAAUGAGAGGACGCUUGAUCGUCUAGAGGAUGAAUCUGCGCUGUUACUUGGUGCUGGUACCGAGACUACGGCUAGGUCUAUUACCGUUGCAAUGUUUUAUCUCAUCCACAACAAGGAGGUUCUGGCGAAGCUGCGCGCGGAGUUGAAGACUGUGUUGGUGACACCGUUGUCUAAGGCUUCCUGGGUGGAUUUGGAGAAAUUGCCAUACUUGACGGGUGUUGUCAAUGAAGGUCUGCGUCUCAGCCACGGCAUGACAGCCCGACUGGCUCGUGUUUCACCGACCGAACCCAUGCUCUACAAGGAUUGGGUUAUCCCUGCAGGGACUCCGGUCAGUCAGUCGAACUACUUCGUCCAUAUGGAUCCCACACUCUUCCCUGAGCCAGAGAAAUUCGACCCGGAGCGUUGGAUCCGCGCUGCAGAUAAGGGAGAGUAUCUGAGUCGGUACAUUGUCUCGUUUACCAAGGGAAGCAGACAAUGCCUGGGGAUGAACCUUGCCUAUGCAGAGAUCUACUUAUCUCUGGCACAUAUCGCUCGUCGCGUCAACUUUGCGCUAUACGAGACUACUACCGAUAACAUCUGUGUUUAUCGUGAUAUGGGCAUUGGGUGUCCAGAGGUCGGUUUGUUUGGUGUGAAGGCCACAGUGGAGGGUCUUGUGGAGGAGUAG